AAAAAAAAAAAGAAUUCCAAAAGUAGAAUUAGGCAAAAUGAAAACUAGAAAAGAUACGCAAUUUGCAAAGCAAAGAGAAAAAUGACCUCCAGCAUAAGAACCUUACCACUGGUCGACCCGUUGGUUGUCUGCCACUCGUUUUCCUCACCGGAUCCAUGUCAAUUCUGGUCAACCUGCGGAUUGACAACCUUGGUUUCCGCUGAGUUAGUUCUUAUUUUCUUCAAUCUCAAAUUAAAAGCAAAAAGAUAUUUCAUUACUUUAUUCAGAUUUAAUUUUAAUCAUAAAACAGUUACUGCGUACAUGUAUACAGUAAUUGGGACUCAAUUGUUUCAUAUUGCUAAAACAUCUAUCGGUUUGAGGUUUAGUAUCUAGUGUUCGCGAUCCGACCUAGGAUCAAAUUUCUAAAACAUUGGGCUUUCAUCCAAGAUCUUCUAAACCACCGGUCAACUCAUCCAAAUCAUUGAUAAAAAAAAGGUUAUGCGGACUCUCAAAUUACUAAUUAGCUGUCGAGCAAGAGAGGAAGAGGUUAGAUCAAGUGACGAGUUUGAUUUGAAUUUAAGUAUGGAAUAAAAUGAGUCGUUCAUGUUAGCUAGUUAGGUUUAUAUUUCAUUUCCAUUGCUAAUUUGAAAGAAUUAACAUGCCGGCAUUUACAAUCAUGACGAAUAGAGUGAUGCGAGUUGUUCCAAAAUUUUGUUAAGAAAGACAAACUUCAGGCGAAAAAGUUUUGAACCGUCAAAGUUUAGUGACCACUUAAGCAAUGUUCCAAAGAAAUCAUCCAAGGACAAUACUUAAAAACUAAAAAGAGAAACACCAUUGAAAAACAGAGCCUGUGGUGGGAGUGAAAGCUGGAAGAAAUCAGAAAUCAAAUGAGAGCCACCACAGCAUCACUGUUGGUGACUGAUUGAAUCAAUUGGACCCACAUUUUGCUUCCAUGGACGCCCCGCUUGCCCCCAAGUAAAAGCCAGAGUGUAGCACUCUAGCUGCAGACCCACAUUACAGAGAGAGAGAAAGAGAGUUGCGACGAACGACGACCAAGGUGCACAGCCAGAAAGAAAGAGACGACGCAAAGACGGAAACUUUCCCAUUCCCCAUACACCUCUCUCUCUCUCUCUCUCUCUCAAAAGUCGCAUUCCCCUCUUCUCUCCCUCCUCACGAACUCACCAGCCUCUUCUGCUUCCUGGGUACUCACUCUGCUGCAUAGAACCCACAUUCCGCUCCUAAUCAAUCGACCCCACUAAAAAUUCUUUGCUUUGGUUGGCAGUUUCAUUCUGCUUUGUUCCCCCUUUUCACCACCUUGCACCGUCUGUCUCUCACUCCUCUCGGGGUUCCUUUGGUCGGCUGCUCUCCUUCUUGACAAGUUUGACCAUGGCGGCGGGCGCGCGGCGGGAAGUCCUGCUGUGGGUUUUGCUCACAUUUCUGGCAAUGCUGCUGCUUCUUCCUCUUCCUCCCGUCACUGCUGAUUGCCCCUUGGAUUUAAGCGGUUCAAACUUCACAUUGGCAGCCUCAUUGUGUUCCAAGAAAGAAGAUCGAGGGAAGUGUUGCCGCUACAUUAAUGCUUUCAUUGCAGUAUCAGCCUCCCGCUAUGCAAAUGCAACGGGCAACUUAGGGGUCCCCUCCAAUCUAUCAGAUACAUGUGUUGGGUCCAUCACUCAGACCAUGCAACUGUACGGACUUCCACAAAAUGCAACUCUUUUCUGCGGAUUUGGUACUAAAAUCCCGGUUCACUACGAGUGUAUGGAGCGAACUACAGUCGGCGAGAUGCUGCAGUCUCCAGAAUUUGAGAACGUCGUGCAGAACUGUGAGGUGCCAGUUUCAGGGGAAGCCGAUUGCAGGAAAUGCUUGAAUGCGGACAUUGUAUACCUUCAUCAUCUGGUUGGAACGGAUGACAAUGUCACAUUGAGUAUCUGCAGGGAUGCAGCUUUUGUUGCACUCACAAGCCGAGUUGAUGUUGCAACUACUGUUAAUUUUGCACGUUGUUUCUUUCAAGUUGACGGUCUUGUAUCUCCUCUAGUGUCAUCGCCUUCUGGAAACAUCACUGAAACUUCUCCUAGUCCUUCAUCUGCUGCAAGCCCCGACCAAGCUUUGUUAGGAUUACCACAAGAUGGCAACCAUCAUCACCCCUAUCACUUGACAUUGAUUCCUGGAAUCGGGAUCGGAGUUACACUGUUUGCUUUCAUUGUGUUGAUGGUUUUGGUAGUUCUUAUUCGGAAAAAGAGCAAGGAGUUAGAUGAUCCAGACAAUCUAGACAAGGCAUCUUCUAAAGCUUUUUCUGGUUGGACAACACGAAAAUUUCAACAAGGAUCUGCAGCGAUGUUUCGAAAAUUCAGCUACAAGGAAAUAAAGAAGGCAACAGACAACUUUACUACAGUAAUAGGAGAAGGAGGAUUUGGAGUUGUUUACAAAGCUCAAUUUAGUGAUGGGUCAGUGGUGGCAGUGAAGAGGAUGAACAAAGUUUCAGAACAGGGAGAAGAUGAGUUCUGCAAAGAGAUUGAACUUCUUGCUAGAUUGCAUCACCGUCAUCUAGUCGCUCUCAGAGGAUUUUGUGCAGAAAAGCAUGAGAGGUUCCUUGUGUAUGAAUACAUGGCAAAUGGAAGCCUGAAGGAUAAUCUGCACUCUCCUGGAAAAGCUCCUCCAAGUUGGCAGACCAGAAUCCAAAUUGCUAUUGAUGUGGCUAAUGCUCUGGAGUAUCUCCACUUUUACUGUGAUCCACCUCUUUGCCACAGGGACAUCAAGUCCAGCAACAUCUUGUUGGAUGAAAAUUUUGUAGCCAAGGUUGCAGAUUUUGGACUUGCACAUGCUUCAAAAGAUGGUUCAAUAUGCUUCGAACCUGUCAAUACAACUGAUAUCAGGGGAACUCCAGGAUACAUGGAUCCUGAAUAUGUGGUAACUCAAGAGCUCACCGAGAAAAGUGAUGUGUAUAGCUACGGAGUGGUCCUUCUGGAGAUGGUCACGGGAAGACGAGCAAUACAAGACAACAAGAAUCUGGUGGAAUGGUCUCAAAUAUUCAUGGCCUCAGAAUCCAGACUACCCGAAUUAGUUGAUCCACGUAUUAAGGGCUCGUUUGACUUUGACCAACUUCAAACGAUUGUCAGCACUGUGAGAUGGUGCACCCAGAAGGAAGCCACAGCUAGGCCUUCAAUCAAGCAAGUGCUCCGGCUUCUGUAUGAAAGCUCUGACCCCAUGCAUAGUGGGUUUGUUGAGGCACUGGAAGAAGAAGAAUUCGAAGGUAGGGGAAGAACAAAUAGUAAAGGGAAAACAAGUAGAAGUGGUGAUGUGAUUUUCCACAGUGGAGAUGCUAGAUGUCUGGCGUCUUCAUCAAGUACAUCAAGAUCACAUUGUAGCAGAACUUUUCUACUUGAAACCGGCUCUCCACAAUCUCCUCCCAACAUGUACUCCCUCUGACGAUACUUUGUCUACUAUAACUCCCUUUGACACUUAUGUUAAGUCUAGCUUUUUACAUAAUAGUAACCUUGUUAAAUGAAUGAAUCUCCGCUGA